UAAAGCCUCACAAUCUCCUAUUUAAUACACUUGGAACAGUCAACACUAAUACAUGUAGUACCAAAUGUGUGCACUAAACUCGGCUGAAUGCCGUGGCCAGGUAUAGUACAAAUGGUCCAUCUAGAGUUUGAAUGUCCCAGGUUCCAGUCCCUAACUGGUCGUUUUUCCUCCCUGGACAUAUGACAACCAACUAAAUGUAUGAUUUGACAAGCUCAGACUUUUAUUCAUCUGUUCAAGAUUUGAUUGGAAAGGUGAUUCACGAUGAAGAAGGUGACAAAAACACUGGAGGGCUACUGUUUCAGGCAAUCUGUUAUGGACUGGGAAAUUUCUCAGAAUGUGUUAUAGCAAGAUACCAACUUUGUCUUCUAAUGGCGCUGAGGGAACAUCUCAAGAUAAAUGCCAGGGAGUGCCUCCUGUAUGAUCCAAAGUUCAGGGAUGAGGAAAAACAUAUCCUAAAUAAUCUUGGUUUCCAUGUGAUUGACAAAAAUGAAGAGGGUAAGCGGCCAUGCUCCCUGGAUACGAGGACACUGUUUUACAUGCCUCACUGUGGAAAGAGUCUAUGUAACAAUCUCCUUUGGGCUAACUGGAGCAGACAGCACUUAUCCAACAUGGUUGUCAUUGGCAACAGUUUUACCAGCAUCAUUGACAACACUCCAAGCAGACUUCUGGAGAAAACUGGUGGCUAUAUUCAACGUUUGUACCCCUACUGUACAGAGGUACCCUUACCCACGACCUUCAAGUUCACAGACAUUUUUAACGAUACUGCCAUUCACAGUUUUCCUGCCAACAAACUCCGAAAUGCUCCUGAAGAAUUCUGGGAUAGCCCUUCAGAGCCUCGCUAUGAGGAAGAGGAUGUAGAAUUCAUCUCAAAUAAACAAAGAUAAAAGUA